CCGGGGAUGUUGCUUAGAGGCGCUCAGAAUGGUCCAGCGUUUGACAUACCGAUGUAGGCUUUCCUUCAAUACAGCCUCUAACAAAACUAGGCUGUCCCGAACCCCUGGCAACAGGAUUGUUUACCUUUAUACCAAGAAGGUUGGGAAAGCACCUAAAUCCGCAUGCGGUGUCUGCCCGAGCAGACUGAGAGGGGUUCGUGUUGUCAGACCGAAAGUUCUUAUGAGACUGUCCAAGACAAAGAAGCAUGUCAGCAGGGCCUAUGGUGGCUCCAUGUGUGCCAAGUGUGUCCCUGACAGGAUCAAGCGGGCUUUCCUUAUUGAAAAUUGGAGCAGAAAAUUGUUGUGA